AUGAGUUUUCAGGAUUUGGAGGCGGGAAGAGGAAGAUCGUUAGCUUCUUCAAGGACAAGGAACAACGUCAAUGGAGGUCGACAAGACACGACGCAAGCAGUAGCUUCCGGUAUAUUUCAGAUCAACACGAGCGUCUCCACUUUCCAACGCCUCGUCAACACUCUCGGCACUCCCAAAGACACGCCGGAGCUCCGGGAGAAGCUGCACAAGACGAGACUAUAUAUCGGGCAAUUAGUGAAAGACACAUCAGCUAAUCUUAAAGAAGUUAGUGAAAAUGAUCAUCAAAGAGGCGUAAACCCAAAGAAGAAGAUAGUUGAUGCUAAGCUUGCAAAGGACUUUCAAGCUGUACUGAAAGAGUUUCAAAAGGCUCAGCGUCUCGCUGCUGAAAGGGAAACCGUAUAUGCUCCUCUUGUGACCAAACCAUCUAGCUAUACAGCGAGUGAGGUAGAUGUGAGUGCAGAUAAGCAUCCAGAGCAGCGUGCGCUUCUUGUGGAAUCCAAAAGACAAGAGCUUGUAUUGUUGGACAAUGAGAUUGCGUUCAACGAGGCUAUAAUCGAGGAAAGAGAGCAAGGGAUACAAGAAAUCCAGCAUCAAAUUGGUGAGGUGCAUGAAAUCUUCAAAGACUUGGCUGUGUUGGUACACGAUCAAGGCACCAUGAUUGAUGAUAUUGGUACUCACAUUGAUAACUCCCACGCUGCAACUGCACAAGGAAAAUCCCAUCUCGCAAAAGCAUCAAAGACACAAAAAUCGAAUUCUUCUCUGACGUGCCUGCUCUUGGUGAUAUUUGGUAUUGUGCUCCUGAUUGUUAUUAUAGUGCUUGGGGUUUGA